AUGAACGUAGCAUUAGGAUACGACGCUAAGACCAAAAAGAUAUCUUUACCAGAUGAGGCAGAGAAGUUGGUUCCUUCGCUCAAAUUAGAAGUUGAUCAAUUGAAUACGUUGACCAGUGAGCUUAUAGCUAAUGGAGCCGAUGUACCAGCACCACCAACACAGGAGAAUUUUAAUAAGGACAUGACAAAGAUGAUCAGAAAAUUGUACGAAGGAGGUGUUCAGGCAUUCAAGCAGGGAAAGUUCCAAGAAUCUGCUAAACAAUUUACCAUUGGAAUCGACAUGAUAUGUAGAAGACAUAAAUUCGAAGCAUUCCAGGGCACUUUGCAAGAGCUCAGCUUAUUUCUUAUGAGUAGAGCGGAUGCUUAUUUAAAGACUAAAAACUACUUAGGUGCAUUUAAUGACGCUGAUAUGUUACUUGGAAUGAUGAUGUGCACACCUGAUAACUUCUUGAGAAGAGGAGUAGCCAACUACUUCUUGGGUAAUUACGAAGCGGCUAGAGCGGAUUACCAAAGAGGAUUAGCGUUUGAUGAAGAUAAUGAAAGACUUGUAACAGAAUUAGAAAUUUGUUUAGAUAAGAUUCUUGAGGAAAAUGGUGAUUAUCUUUGA